AACUAUUUACAGACGUUAAAAAUAAUACUGGGAAAAGCAAAUGGAUGAAUAUGAAGCGUGACAGAAACAAGUUCUCAUGUCAUCUUGCAACUCUUAAUAUAGACGUGGAUCAACGACAUUUACCAAUGGCCUUCAGUUCAGAAUACCCACCGUUUGAUCCAUCGGAAAGAUGCCAUCUUCAGGAUUUGU